CACGAGGACUGCCGUUCCGGUCACCCCUCAGGUUUGGGAGCUGGGGGUGUGGUAGCCGCUCCAGAAGAAGCUCUCUGUAGGAGGUGGGAGUGGCCUAGGAACCAGUUGUCUGGGUUCCCGUUAAGCCCUGUGAAGGCACUUGAAUUUUACACCUUCUCCAUUCCUCCUGGCAUCAGAACCUGGAAAGCUAAAGUUCUGUCUGUCACAUCCACCUACUCACAGUGAUGGAAACGGUAACGCAGUGGGAUCCUCCGUGUGCAAAGUAGAAUUCAGUGUAGCCCGUGUCAGUCUCCAGAAGGUUUAAAGGGAGCACUAAAGAGGAUGGACUCGUUUUGCAUUCUCAGCAUGGUGAGACACAAGGACGAUGGCUACCCCGAGGAAAAGGAUGUGAAGACCUGUCCCCGGGACUCUGGCUACGACAGCCUGUCCAACAGGCUCAGCAUCUUGGACCGGCUCCUGCACACCCACCCCAUAUGGCUGCAGCUGGGUCUGAGCGAAGACGAGGCGGCAGGAGUCCUACGGGCACAGCCUCCGGGGAUCUUCCUGGUUCGUAAAUCCACCAAAAUGCAGAAGAAAGUCCUCUCCCUUCGCCUGCCCUGUGAAUUUGGAGCCCCACUCAAGGAAUUUGCCAUAAAGGAAAGCACAUACACCUUUUCCCUGGAAGGCUCAGGAAUCAGUUUUGCGGAUUUAUUCCGGCUCAUUGCUUUCUACUGCAUCAGCAGGGACGUCCUGCCGUUUACCUUGAAGUUGCCUUAUGCCAUUUCAACAGCCAAGACUGAGGCUCAGCUUGAAGAACUAGCCCAACUGGGACUAAAUUUUUGGAGCUCUCCAGCUGACAACAAACCCCCAAACCCUCCACCUCCCCAUAGGCCUCUCUCCUCCGACGGUGUGGGUCCUGCCUCGCGUCAGCUCUGCCUUAUAAAUGGAGUGCAUUCUAUAAAAACCAGGACGCCCUCGGAGCUGGAGUGCAGCCAGACCAACGGAGCCCUGUGCUUUAUUAAUCCUCUGUUCUUCAAAGUGCACAGCCAGGAGCUCGGCGGAGGCCCGAAGCGGCCCUGCACCCGGACUCCCCCCGACGCGAAUGGCACGGACAGGCCUCGGUCCCCCCCACCCCGGCCCCCGCCCCCCGCUAUUAAUAGUGUGCACGGCAGCCCCCAGCUGUCCGGGCCCGCGGCCGCCGCGAGCAUGCCGGAAACCGUGGCCCAUCACCAACACGGCGACGGAGCUCGGCUUGGAGCGAAACCAACCCCCGUCCCUCCGCCCCGGCUCAAGAAGCAGGCGUCUUUUCUCGAGGCGGAGGGCGGCGCCAAGACCUUGAUCGGCGGCCGGCCUCGCCCGGAGCCCGCGGCGGGCUCGGCCGGCGGCGCAGGUGGAGCCCCGGCGGCGGUGGAGGCGGUGGAGGAGGAGGCCCCGCGGGAUUGCACAAGGGCCCGACCGGCCGCCGCCCCUGCAUCCCCAUCCCGGGCCCCGUGGCGCGGAGGCCGACAGAGGCUGAGUGACAUGAGCAUUUCCACUUCCUCCUCCGACUCGCUGGACCUGGACCGCAGCAUGCCCCUGUUUGGCUACGAGGCGGACACCAACAGCAGCCUGGAGGACUACGACGUGGAGAGCGACCAGGAGACCAUGGCCCCCCCCAUCAAGUCCAAGAAGAAGAGGAACAGCUCCUUCGUGCUGCCCAAGCUCGUCAAGUCCCAGCUCCGCAAGAUGAGCGGGGUGUUCAGCUCCUUCCUGACCCCCGAGAAGCGCAUGGUGCGCAGGAUCGCCGAGCUGGCCCGCGACAAGCGCACCUACUUCGGCUGCCUGGUGCAGGACUACGUGAGCUUCCUGCAGGAGAACAAGGAGUGCCACGUGUCCAGCACGGACCUGUUGCAGACCGUCCGGCAGUUCAUGACCCAGGUGAAGAACUACUUGUCCCAGAGCUCGGAGCUGGACCCCCCCAUCGAGUCGCUGAUCCCCGAAGACCAAAUAGAUGUGGUAUUGGAAAAAGCCAUGCACAAGUGCAUCUUGAAGCCCCUGAAGGGCCACGUCGAGGCCAUGCUGAAGCACUUCCACGUGGCCGACGGCUCAUGGAAACAACUCAAGGAGAACCUGCAGCUCGUGCGGCAGAGGAAUCCACAGGAGCUGGGCGUCUUCGCCCCCACCCCUGACUUUGUGGACGUGGAGAAAAUCAAAGUCAAGUUCAUGACCAUGCAGAAGAUGUAUUCACCAGAAAAGAAAGUCAUGCUGCUGCUGAGGGUCUGCAAACUCAUCUACACCGUCAUGGAGAACAACUCAGGGAGGAUGUAUGGAGCUGAUGACUUUUUACCGGUCCUGACCUAUGUCAUAGCCCAGUGCGACAUGUUGGAACUGGACACAGAGAUUGAGUACAUGAUGGAACUCCUGGACCCAUCCCUGUUACACGGAGAAGGAGGCUACUACCUGACCAGCGCCUACGGAGCACUUUCCCUGAUAAAGAAUUUCCAGGAAGAGCAGGCAGCGAGACUGCUGAGCUCUGAGGCCAGGGACACCCUGAGGCAGUGGCACAAGCGGAGGACCACCAACCGGACCAUCCCCUCAGUGGACGACUUUCAGAAUUACCUCCGGGUUGCAUUCCAGGAUGUCAACAGUGGCUGCACGGGAAAGACCCUCCUUGUGAGGCCUUACGUCACCACGGAGGACGUGUGUCAGCUCUGUGCCGAGAAGUUCAAGGUGGCCGACCCCGAGGAGUACAGCCUCUUCCUCUUUGUGGACGAAACGUGGCAGCAGCUGGCAGAGGACACAUACCCUCAGAAAAUCAAGGCCGAGCUGCACAGCCGGCCACAGUCCCACGUCUUCCACUUUGUCUACAAGCGCAUCAAGAAGGAUCCUUACGGCGUCAUCUUCCAGAACGGGGAAGAAGAGCUCACCGCCUCCUAGGAGACACGCGAGGCUUCCCAGUGGUGCAUCCGAAGAGCGGAGUUAGGAACCUGGCCUCUGGCUUCCACGUGCUUGUGCUUGCAAAGCAGUCACCUCCUUGGGGUCCGCUCGGUUCAGUGACGGAGCCAUCCACAGGCCGACUCGGCCAAGGGCACCUUUAGCCACGACGCCCAAGCACAGUAGCUGAGGUUCAUGAAACAGUAGGAUCCGUCCUUCAGAGAUGGAGAACUGAAUCUGAUGGUUCAGGUGUCCCGAGAUCGUUUGCUGCCUACCCCCAGCCAGGCACAGGGUUGGCUCACGUGUAUGUAUACGUACUGAAUGAACAUUUAAGGUACAAGCUCUUCUCUUGAGUUCAACAGCAGGCGUUUGACAAGACUGUCCGAUGCAGUGCAUCAAGGACCUCUCAGUUCAGUGGGUGCCUUCAUCCUUUCCUUCCUUUCUUCUUUUUUUUACGAAGAGCCUUUGCGUUUUUAUAUAUUUCAUAGAAAUUUUUAUAGCAGUUGCAGGUAAACUGUCAGGAUUGGUUUUUAAAAUAUUUUUGUAACUUUAAGAUAUUCUAUAAUUAUGCAUGUGAUUUUAACAUUUAAUAUGCAACAAGAAAUCUCUUGCUGGAUUUGAGAGUAUUGCAUUUUAAAAGUCUCUCUUCUGUAACUGGAUGUUUGAGCAACUUUGUGGGGAGAGACUGCUGGGUUUCUUACAGCGAUGUAUUACUGACACUGGCCACAGAAUGCCUUUGGAAAUCCAACGUACUGUUAUUACCUUGUUCACGCUCAGUGGUAUCGCGUUGUUUUGUGCUUUCACCAAGUGGUGCUGGGGAUCAGGAAAGAAAUGAAUGUAGAGAGAGGUCGAGAGGGAAAUACAGACUCUAACAGAGGACUAAGGGGUGGAGUCUGCUGGUUCAGACUCCUUGAAGGAAGUGGGAAAAGGAGAUAAAAGGAACCACCUAUGCUGAAAAUACUGUAAAUGUGCAGUGAGAUUUGCAAAAUCUGUCCCAUGUUAUUUGCUUUCGGAAGCAAUUUUGAAAACCCCACGAGGAAAAAAAAAAAAAAAGAACACCACUUUUUUUUUCCUUUUCCACAUAAAUCAAAACUAACAGCAUCAGAUUAUUUUGGGCAGAAACCAUGUAUUGUGAGUUUCAUUGAGUUAAAUAAAUGCCAUUUGGAAAGGAGUUUGCAAAUGCACCAAAAAGCCCAUCUGUGUUGUAGAAUGUGUGGCGGAAGUUAAAUUUCUGUUUUAUGAAACCUGUUUGGGCGGGGCCUGGGGAGGGGCGGUUUGCACAGGGGAUGAGGGUCUCGUAUCAACAUAACAAAGGUAGUUACAAAAACAUGUUAUUGUACUGUGUAAGGAUGCGUAGUCAUCUAAUUUUGUUGGCUUUGUACCUUGUACCUUUUUAAGCUUUUGCUGUACAUCUGGAACCCUCAACACAUACUGUGUUGUACUUCCUUUUGUAAAUGAUUUUUUUAAUGGAAUUUUGCACAUAAUACAUUGUAAUACUGUGCGAUAAUCAUGUGUGAAAAUAAUUCUUGAAAUAUU